AUGUCAAGCAACCCUAUGCUUUUAAACCGAGUUAUUGGUGCACAGAGUGGAGGUUUAAGAGCGGCACUUUUAGCGAAAAUGGCAGGCUAUGGUGGAGCUGCAGACGGAACAGCUUAUAACCCUCAAAGUCAAAUGAAUUUGAGUUCACUCAAAAAUCAAAUAACAGAUGUCAAAAAGUCAAACAUAGACAUACAGAAACAAAUAAGUGAAAACGAAAAGAAACUAGAAUAUGACAGACACACAAAGAAACUCAAUGAGUUAAACGUAGAGAAAAAGAAGAAAGAAGAACAACUGAAAGAACUAAGUACAGAGGAAUAUGCGAAAAAAGUGUCAGAAAAAGCAGCAGAAGUAGCAAAAAUGGAACAAGAUGUUAUAAAUUUGAAAAACCAUACUACUCAAUAUAAAGUACUGAAAGAUGAAGAGAUAAAACAAAAAGCCAUAAAGACAUAUAUGGAUAGCGAUGAGUAUAAAAAAGAAGUUGAAGCAAAUGUAAAGGCAGAAAAACUUUUACAGUUGCAAAACCAAACCGUACAGUAUGAAAACUUAGCACAAGAAAGUAAAAAUAACGACGCAGCCAUGCAAAAGGCAAUGAAAAGCGCAGAUAUUAUAAAAGCUAAUAAUGACUGGUUAGAUGCCCAAGCCAACGCCAAAGCAGCCCAACUUAUAGGGUCAAUAAGGACAAAAAUACAAGCGGAUGAAGACAGUUCAAAUGAAGCUUUAAUGAAUGCUGACUUUAAGAAUGCCUUCGAAGCUCUUCAUAGUAAGGUGAAACUAGUGAACGACUUCUCAUCUGGAAAGAAACUGAAGUCUGAAGGUUUCGACAAAGAGUUAAGAGAAGUAGCACAAAAUAUGACGAAAAUAACAGAUGCAGCAACGAGACAGUCAGUUCAAAGUGCCUAUGACGCCGUUAGAGCAGCUGUUGUGGAAAGUCAAGAAAAAGAGUUACAACAGACCAAAACAGACCUAGUAAAUGCUUUCUUAAAAACGAAAAGUCAGGUAGGACAUUAUGCUGCAGAUGGAACAUAUGUGCCAGCUGGUGGAACUUAUAUACCACCAAACCCUCCAAGAGAAGCACCUGCACCAGGACUACCUAAAACAUUUACAUCGUCACAUGGACACAGACACAGGCAUGCACCACAACAACAACCAACAGUUCAAAAUCCAGCACAGCAACAACAACCAACACAACAACCAACAGUUCAAAAUCCAGCACAGCAACAACAACCAACAGUUCAAAACCCUGCACAACAACCACAAACAGAGCAAGGACAUAA